UUCCACUUACUUCCGGUUCCUUGUUAAAAACGAAAGUAGAUUAAACUAAAGCAAAAGUUGUAACUUGUGUUAUCUAGAUCUAGAUCUAGAAGUCUAGUAGUAGUAUCUACUAUCUUACCAGAUUUAGAUCUUAAUCUAGAGAUCUAGAUUAGUCAAAGUAACAUGAGGAAUUUGAAGUUAGUAGAUUCAAGGCACGUGGUGGAAACUGAAGCUUUGCGUGAUGCUCAACUUAUUUCAUUAGAUACAGAACAAAACAACAUAUAUGUUGCAUCAUCAUCUCAUGUUGUCUGCUACAGCUUUGAUGGUAAAGAGAUAGCAUCUGUCCCAGUUCAAGACAGUGAGUCAGAUCAGUCAUGUCUUCCUAUUGGUUUGCAAUAUCUUGGUGAUCAACAGGCUCUGUGCUUGGCCACCGAUGAUGGAAGGAUUUGUCUUUGGCACUUAAGCAACCCAGAAGAGCUGGAGUGUGUUGGCGACGUUGAGAGUGGUAUAACAGCUAUGGGAUGGAGUCCAGAUUUAGAAUUGAUUGUAAUAACAACAGGUGAAAACAAGCUUUUGCUAAUGACUAGAGAGUUUGAUGUUAUCAGUGAAGUUGGCUUGUUUCCAGAUCAUGAAGGGGAAGAUGGCCACAUAACUGUUGGCUGGGGAAAGAAAGAAACUCAGUUUCAUGGCUCCUCGGGCAAACAAUCUGCCAAACAAGAACACGUUGUUCUUCAUUCAGCUUCCGAACAUGACAAUGGCAAUCCUCUUAUUAGUUGGAGAGGAGAUGGCCAGUUUUUUGUGAUAUCCAGCAUAGAGCCAAAAACAGGUGCCAGAUUUGUAUACACUUGGUCUAGAGAAUGUGUUUUCCAAGCUCGGUCAGAGCCAGUGGAUGGAGUACAAAAUUGUUUGUCUUGGAAACCAUCUGGUUCUCUUAUCGCUUCUGUCCAGAAGGCACAUUCUAGUCUUGCUACACAAGUGAUUUUCUAUGAGAAAAAUGGACUUCGCCAUGGAGAGUUUAAUAUCCAAACUGUGACCACUGCAGAUGUUAGGGUUCAAUUUAUUUCCUGGAAUCAAGAUUCCUCUGUGCUGGCAGUAUGUCUGGAAUAUACAGAAAAUGAUUCCAAGUCAUCUCUAUUGCAGCUUUGGACAGUCAACAAUUACCACUGGUACUUGAAACAGAGUCUGCACUUUAGCUCUGGUGUUUCCAUGGCUACUUGGGACCCUGAGCAGAUGUACAAGAUGCAUGUACUUUCAAGGUCUGGGGCCUACUCCACUUUUAUCUGGGCCUGGCACACAGACUGUACACCUGGCAGAGUAGAUGAAGACGAUGCACUUGUGGCAGUGAUAGAUGGCAAGCAACUUCUUGUUACGCCUAUUCGGAAAAUGGUGGUGCCGCCUCCUAUGUCUGCGUAUGCCAUCUCACUUCCAUAUCCUGUUAGGAAUGUGACUUUCAAAACUGAUUCCUCUGGGACCUCAUUGGCUAUUUAUAUGGCUAAUGAUCAGAUAGCUGUCUUUAACUGUCAAGGAGAAGGGAAUAACGCAUCUCUAGUCUCAUACACUGGAGCAGGGGGAGGUGAUGGCUUUGUGCCCCAGUGUAAACUUCCUCAUCUUGAAGACAUGUAUCACAUCAAGUUCCAGACGCCAGAGGAUCAGCCUUCACAAAUUGUACAUUUUCUAUGGAUUUCUGAAUCUCAAUUCUUGUUCACAAAAACUGGCCAGUCUUGUUCAAUUCUGCACAGAGCAGACAUCUGCAAGGGAGAGAAAGCACUGGUUGUCAGAACCUCAAUUGAACUAAAUAAUUUUGUGCUUUCAAUGGCAAAGAAUGAAGAAACCAACACUGUGGCCAUUCAGUUGGUCAAUGGAGAAGUCUUCAAACUAUUACCUGAUAAGGACGAUGUGCAGCCUUGGUUAUCUCCAAGUAGUCAGCCUGUUAGAUUUCCAUAUCCUUGUACAGAAAUGUCAGUCACCAGCUUUGGCCAACAGGAAAUUGUGAUUGGAAGAACAGACAGAUUCCGGUUAUUUGUAAAUAACACAGAGAUUGCUUCCAACUGCACCUCUUUCAAAGUCCAUAAUGAGUUCCUAUUGCUGACCACAUUUAGUCAUACUAUUCGAUGUAUAAGUAGAGCAUGUCAACUCAAUGAUUUGUCCAGUUUGUCUGAUACGAAGAGCCAUCCAUUUGAUGAAAGUAUUCGAAGGGUCGAGAGAGGCUCUCAGAUCAUUAAUAUCCUGGCAAACAGUACAAAGGUCAUUUUACAAAUGCCCAGAGGGAAUUUAGAGACCAUUCAUCCAAGAGCCCUAGUCUUAAGCUCUCUCAAACACUUAAUGGACAGUGAUAAAAUGUUGGAAGCUUUGUUGAUGAUGAGAACCCACAGAAUUAAUUUAAAUCUUCUGCACGAUCACAACCCAUCUCACUUCCUAAGUCAUAUUGAUCAAUUUAUACAACAAGUUGACAGCCCUGCACAUUUUAAUGUCCUCCUUACUGACCUCAUGGAAGAGGAUGUCACACAGACAAUGUAUACAGCUUCCUACAGCACAAAACCAGACAGUACUGACACUCAGACUGUAGGCUUACAGAAGUCCAAAGUGAACAGAAUUUGUGAUUGCUUUUUGGAUGGUCUGCAGAAGGCAGGUUCUGAUAGGUUCUACCAGUCUAUUUUGACUGCACAUGUGAGAAAGAAUCCACCUGAUUUGGAAAAAGCCCUUUACGUUGUAUGGUCAUUGUAUGGUCGAGAUAAGUCAGAGAAAUGUGCCAGUCCUGAAGAUGCGUUAAAGUAUCUCCUGUUUCUAGUAGAUGUCAAUGAUUUGUACAAUGUGGCACUUGGCAUGUACAACUUUGAUCUAGUUCUAAUGGUAGCUGGUAAAUCUCAGAAGGAUCCCAAAGAAUACAUUCCCUUUUUAAAUCAACUCAGAACAUUAGAAGAGAACUACAGGCAUUACACGAUAGACAAACAUUUGAAAAAGUACAGCAAAGCUUUGGAACACUUGGUCAAAUGUGGUGAUGAACAUUUCCAAGAGUUACUGACCUUAGUAUCUGAUCACAAGCUCCACGCAAAAGCUCUUUCUCUUUACAAACCAGGGUCAGCACAGUUUAAGAGUAUUGCAGCCACGUAUGGGAGCUACCUGAGGACUAAGAAUCGUCAUGACGAGGCUGGUAUUAUGUUCAUCAAAGCUGAAGAGUGGGAGUUGGCCCUAGAAGCAUUUCAAUCUGCUCGUAACUGGAGGCAAGUGUUUUGUAUGGCGGGACAUUUGAAUUAUUGCAGCAGCACUCUGUCUGAGCUAGCUGUAAAAAUAUCAGGGGAAUUAAAAAGUUCACAGAUGUAUAAAGAAGCUGCUACAGUGUUAGAAGAAUAUGCUCAGGACCCUGAAGAAGCCAUAGUAGCCUUGAUACAAGGAAGUCAUUGGGAGGAAUCUUUAAGACUGAUGCACCGCUACAAGCGUCUUGACUUGAUUGAAACUCAUUUGAAAGAAGCCCUAGAGGAAAGCUGGGAUCACCUCAUGGAAAUGUUAUCCAGUCAGAAAGCACAGUUCUUGCAGUAUAAAAACAGGCUAACUGUUGUCAGAGCUCAAAAGGAAAAGGAGAGAUCAGAGCUGGAUGGAGGGGAAUGGAAUGAAACUGGGGCAGAUCUGUUCUCGGACACAUCCAGCAUCACUGGUGCCACAGUCACAUCUCUUGCUACCUCCAAUAGUUCAAGGUCAACAGUGCUCAGCAAAACUGGGUCUGCUAGAACUAGAAGAAAAGCUGAAAAUAAAAAAUGGAGCCUCAAAGAAGGAAGUAAGAAUGAAGGCUUUGCAUUGGUUGACGCUCUGGCAAAACAGAUGACAGUCAUUUACAAUAUGAAAGAUGAAGUUUCCUCUCUGAUGAAGAUGUUGAUACAGUUCAACUACGAUCAGAAGGCUACAAGACUUCAUGAAGUUUAUGACGAGUUUCUUACCUUGAUAGACGGUUCUGUGGGUCAAAUCUGGAACCAAAGCCAGACUAACAAGACAGCCAUGAUGGUAGGCCCCAAUAGUACCUCCAGUUCUUUAGCCAAGGCAGUUCAAAGUGGCCAGAAAGUUACAGAUGUUGAGGAGACUUUAGAUCCAGUACUUCUAGCUCCACCCAACCUGAACAAGGACUCAAGAUGGAAGCUACAUAUAGCAAGCAAAAGCUGAUACAAUUAAUCUUUGAAAUAAAUAAUACAAUUAUGAAUACAAA